AUGGAUAGCAGCGCUCAGUAUAACCUCAAGGCCACAGCGGAAUUACUAGCAGAUGCAGAAAACACGCCAUGCUCUGCAACGCGCUCAAAACAUGCACACACGAGCAGCAGGCCAUUCAGCGCCUCGAGAAGAUCCUUCAGCAGCGUUACAGCAACUUCCUCGUCUACUUCGGUCUCGGCAGCCGCAUCCUCCCCUUGCAAGCUCCUCGCUGAGCUCAACAUCGGCAACCAUGCUGUAGAUUCUCAUCCGCUUUCAUUAGCCAGUGUCUACGCCCAUCGCCUGCCUGUACCCCUCGUAGCCCUGUUAGAAGACCUCGAGAAUGUAGCCACGGGCUGCCCUAUUGUGUCAGCCGCCCUGCAGCCCGAUUUCGAUCGCCUGGCUGCUCACCAGUCUGUACGACGCCGCCCGAACACCAUCUACGCUCCCACCCCUGAGCGCAACGCCGUCGGCCCCUAUCCCCCUCUCGAUAAUGUACUCGCCCUGCUAGCCGAGGCGGAGCAGUGCAACGAUAGGAAGCAGUCCGAGGCCAGCUGGAAUGCUGCUAUGCACUUCCCGCUCUUGCGCCUUGCCGUCCACGGACAGGGCGCGCGGAAGUCCCAGCUGGUAGAUGUCGAGAUGUGCACCACAGCCAGUAUCAUCAAGGAGUACCACUGCAUGCAGUUGUUAACCAGCAAGAAAGUCGACAUGGCUAUGAUCAUCGAACCUACAGCCAACGAGACCAACAGCACCGAGGCGGUAAAGCGCAUCAAUAUCCUGCGCACGCGCAGCCCAUGCUUUUCCAUCAACCAUACUAACUUCGAGCUCCUGCUCCAGUCGCUCAUCGCUAUCAGCAUCGAAACUAAGCAUCCUAGUGCCUCGGGCGAAGACGCCGCCUUGCAGGUUAGCGUAUGGCAAGCAGCCCAGUGGAGUCUGCUGCAAAGUUUGACUCAGCCUCAGCCUACCAGCAGCUCAAGCAUCGCGCUGCUUGCCUUCCUUCCCGCCAUCACCGUCGUGAGUCAUGAUUGA